AUGCCGUCGCGCAAGCGCUCGUUCCGAGCCGUCGAUGACGACGAUGGUGAGACGGAGCCUUCAUUACUGCAGCGCAUCCGCAACAUGUGGCAGUUCGCGAACUUGUGCCAGUGGAUUUAUAUAUUUGGCAAGGCUGCCAAAAUCUCCGAAUCUCUCGACAUCGAGGAAAUUGAGACGGAAUGUCUGAAGCCGAAUUCGACCGUCCUCGCAGACAUCGCCCUGGCGCUCCUAAAACUCGUUUCGUCGCAUCGCGGUUUAACGCACGAGAUCUUGGAUGAUCAAACUCGGAAGCAGUUCCUCUCCAAAUCGCCCGGGUACAACCCCUUCGGCGACGAUGAAACACCGAUCAAGUUCAACGAUUUCGACAUCUUCACAAAGAUUCGAGUUUUACAACAAUUGACUGAAUGGAUCAUGAUUCACCCAGACCGCAUUCGAGACAAGAUGGAAGAGCAGAAAGAUACCGAGCAGACCAGUUGGCGCAUCGAGCCGUACGGAUGGGAUGCUGAGGACCGAACCUACUUCGUACUCGAUGACAACCGGGUGUAUCGGCUUACAGAACCACCACCUGUGACAACCCCCAAGCCGAAAAAGACCAAGACAUGGCGUGGGGGCCGUCGCGCAAGCAAACGACGGCGCACGACCUUGAGCAUUGACGAUGAUAACCCCGAUACGGAAACCGAGACGAGGGACGACGAGAAACAAGAAGAUGAUGGGCUUGGUGGGAUGAAGUGGGAAUGCCUAGCAGUCACACUCGACGACGUACGAUCCAUCUUGGACGGUUUCCGCAAAACACGCGACGAGAAUGAAAAGAUACUCCGGAACCAACUGGAAGAGCAUCUUGUCCCCAUCUUGGAAAAGCAGGAGCAAUCGCGCAAGCGAAGAGAGCUGCAACGAGAGCGCGAAUUGGCCAACCUCGCCAAGAUGGCCAAUGCAAAGCGGUCGAGCCGAAUUGCUGGAAAGAUUGAGCAGCAGAAGCAAGAAGAGAAGGCUCGAGAAGAGGAACGGCAGCGCAGAGAAGCAGAAUCGGCGAAACGGCGCGAAGAACGGUCACAUCUCAAACUGGAGAAAGACCGGGACAACAGAAUGGUUUCCAGAGAACAGCGGCUACGGGAGCGCGAAGCCCGACGCCUCCAGCACGAAGAAGAGCUUGCGCAACUCUCCGAAGACAGCAAGAAUUUGUCCAGUGGGAGCGGACGUGUUUCUGAGCGACGGCUUCAGGCGGAGAUUGAGAGGAACAAACAAGCUCUUAAAGACCUGGAGGAAGAGGAGGAAGACUGGGUAUUUGACUGUAUAUGCGGUCUCUAUGGCCAGGUCGACGAUGGAUCGCACAGCGUGGCAUGCGAAAAGUGCAAUGUCUGGCAACACAGCAAGUGCCUGGGGAUUCGCGAGGCAGAUGCUGAUCGACCCGAAUUCCAGUUCAUCUGCGCCUCUUGCACCCGCCGAGAACAAGAGGGCAACCGCCCUAGACCGACGAUCAAACUGAAAGUCAAUCGUCCGCCAAGCUCAGGCGAACAACCUCAGUCAUCUCACCCCACGGCUCAAGACGCAUCGCCUACACCUGGCAGAGCGUUCCCCAUAGCUUCCAGCACCGAGGAUGGGAAGCAGCGUUACACAUCGAACGGCGCCGCCGAACAUGGCUUGUCACUUGUGACUUCAACUCCCAACCCCUCCCAUGGUCCUAGCGUGAAUGGCGCUGCUUCUUCCGACCUUUCGCUGGACGCCCGUUCAGGGCCAAGCAAGGGAGUGCCUGGGCUUGUCCAUACACCCAAAACCACUUCUGUGAUCCCAGCACCCGUCAAGCUGGAUGCAGUGCGACCCUCUCAGGCGGACAGUCCACCGGGCAACGCGGUCACAUCGACUCCCAUGACGACUGUCAAGACGCCGAGCCCAUCCAACGGCAUCCAGGGCCUGCAGGGGGACAAGACGAUUGAGUCGGCAUUGAGUACGCCUCAGAUCAGCCGGGAUAAAUACCGUGCGGCUCACGAGCAAAACGGGACUCUACCUUCGGAAGCGGGAUACUCUCCAAUUAAACAUUCACCACCACGCCUGGUAGAUUCAGCCAGCUCGAGCAAGUUCAGCGUCUCAACACCAAUACUACCACCGGUGGUACUGUCCCCGUCACCCCAGCGCCAGGUCUUGACUCCUCCAACCAAAUCGUCAGAGCCACCAAGGCCUCUAGAAGGCCGGUGA